UUUUUUUUUUUAAAAAAAAUAUAAAAUGUCAAAAUUUAUUUUCCGUCUUAUUAUAUGAAUAUAUAUUUUUUUCUCUCUCUUUUCUUUAAACAAGCAUGACACAAACAAAAGCAAUUCAAACUUUGGAUUCAAAGGCAUUCGUUUUUGACCUUGAUGGUACAUUGAUUGAUACAACACCUUUAGUUGUAAAAUACUGGACGAAUUUUGCAAACGAACAUGGAUUAGAUCCAGCACAAAUUCUUGCCUCAUCUCAUGGACGUAGAACGUUUGAUACAAUUCAACGAUGGGUACCAGUACUUGCUAAUGAUAAAUAUGUAAAUGAAUUUGAGAGCAAGUUAGCAAAGGAGACGGAAGGUGUGAUUAUAUUACCGGGAGUCAUGGAUUUAUUAAGUCAAAUCUCUGAAGAAGAUUGGACAGUGAAUACAGCGGGUACACACAUGAUGGCCACUACAAGGUUAAGUCAAUUUAAUAUUAAAGUUCCAAAAGAAAUGGCAACAGGUGAUAAGUUAACAAAGGGUAAACCGGACCCUGAAGGUUAUUUAUUGGCCGCCAAAUUACUUCAUAAGGACCCUAAAGAUUGUAUUGUCUUUGAAGAUGCCGAUGCGGGUGUUCGAGCCGCCAUCGCCGCAGGAAUGAAAUGCAUAGCUUGUUUAACAACACACACUUAUGAACAAUUAAAGGAAGCUGGAGCUACUGUCAUUGUUGAUCGUUUAGAUAGUGUUCAUAUUGAAAAACAGGAAGAUGGAAGUUACAAGACAAUUAUUGAAAAUGCAUAUGAGCUUUAAAAUAUAUACAUAUACAAUAAAUACAUAAAUGAAAAAAAGAGCGGAGAGAUGUUCUGUUCUAUUAUAGUAAGAUAUGAUUUACCUUCUUCUUGAUGAAGGCAUUAUAAUAAUAGAAGAGCCUUGAUAUGCGUAUUAACACCUAUCAUUGUGUACACUUUAAUGCAAAAUAAAACUAAAAAU